CGGGGCCUCGCCUCAGGCCGAGUCCGUCCCCCCCCCCACCUCACCGCACCCCAGUGCUGGCGGUUCACUUGUGCCAGGCCCCGGCUCACGGCAGGUCGCUCACCGCCUUAGGCCCCGGCUCCAACUCCAGGCCUCGGCUCACACCGCGCCCACAGGCCUCCCCUCCCCUCCCUUCCCCUCACGCCGCCGGGGCCCGGGACAACCGCCGCAGGCCGGUCGCCCGAUCACCACCCCCACCCCGGUGCCGGAUCCUACCGCGGGCUCCUGGCGUCGAUGGCGGCCCGCAGCCGGGGCUCGGGCCCUCAGGCCGCGGCGGCGAAGCUGAAGGGCGCGGGCAACGAGUUGUUCCAGCACGGGCGCUACGGAGAGGCGGUGGGCCGCUACUCGGAGGCCAUCGGCCGGCUGCAGGAGUCCGGUGCAAAAUGGCCAGAGGAGUUGAGCGUUUUGUUCUCGAACCGAGCUGCAUGUUAUCUGAAGAUUGGAAAUUGCAGUGAUUGCAUAAAAGAUUGCACUGCGUCUUUAGAGCUUGUCCCAUUCGCACUGAAGCCUUUGAUUCGUCGUGCUGCUGCUUACGAGGCUCUGGAGCGAUACCGCCAGGCUUUUGUGGACUAUAGAACGGCUACCCAGGUGGAUGGCAGUGUUCAAGCUGCACAGGAUGGCAUGAACAGAAUGAGGAAGGUGUUGAUGGAGAAGGAUGGGAAUAAUUGGCGCGACAAUCUCCCUCCGCUGCCAUCGGUACCUGUCGCAUUUCAGCACAACUGGAGACCCAAUGCUCCUGGAAACACAGGCACAGGGAAGACAACCAUGCAGCAGAAUGGAGAUGUCACGGCCUCCUCCAGUCUUGAACAAGCCAAAACUUUGAAGGAAGCAGGGAAUGUGCUGGUGAAGAAGGGAGAACACAGGAAGGCAGCGGAGAAAUACACUGCAAGUCUGCACCUGAACAGCAAGGAGUGCACCACCUAUACCAACAGGGCGCUGUGCUACCUGAACCUGAAGCAGUAUCACGAAGCGGUGCAGGACUGUACAGCCGCGCUAUGUUUGGAUCCCAAAAACCUGAAGGCCUUCUACCGACGCGCACAAGCUCGGAAGGAGCUGAAGGAUUACAAGGGCAGUGUUGCCGAUCUUCAAGAGAUGCUGAAACUGGAGCCAAGCAACUUGGCUGGACAACGUCUGCUGAACGAAGUCCAGAAACUUGCUAGAUAAAAGCUCGCUAGUGUGGGAGCCUUGGAACCGACCUGAGGAAACCAGCUCGGAACCUGUUCAUCAGAGAGAGGCUUGAGCAGGUUUUGAAAAACCUGUGCUUGUAUCUAUAUGUGGGUCUGUUUGUUUUGCUUCUCAAGGACCUUUCUUAAAACUAGUCUGACACCAAAGAGUAAGUGGGAUUAAACUGUCUUUAGAAUUAUAGUUGGUUUGACUCAAGUUGUGCCUGUUCUCACACAGUUGGGACAAUUGUAAAUAUAGACGGCUCCUACACAGCCAGAAUCUUCCACAGAACUUGCAUCAGGAUCCUACACUUGAAACAAUCCAGGAUUCCACAGUUCAUUACUAUAAAGCUAAGAAUAUAUAAAUGGCAAUAGCCUUUUUGCGAAUUGUUUGAGAAGCAAUACAAUGUUUUAAUUUUUUUUACAGCUUUAUUUGGAAAACUGCAGCAUUUGUGUUCCAUAGCCCCUUGGAUUACAUCUUGUUUCCCCUCUUCUCCCUUGUUUUUCCAAAGGCUUUUGGCUCUGUAUAAUUCCAAGUAUAUGUCUCCUAGAAUUCCAGUCACUAUCAGGCUCAGCUUACCAUAUGCCCAAUUGUGCACACAUUCACACAAUGGAUGUUAUUACCCAGUCAUUGAAACCUUCAAAUGUUCUGGGUUUUUUUUAAUAGUGCAUCCUUGCUGAGGGGGGAAGCAAUUGUCUUUGUUUACUUGGUUCAUUUAAUCUCCUAUCAUCACUGUGUUUUCACCCACCCCUUUAGUAACCUCAAGUUAGCUGCUUGUGUGUUGAUUGCACUAUUGGGAUGCACCUCUUUUGGGAAUGAUCCUGACUGAGAAACAAUACAUAGAAUAUAAUGGCAGCAUGAGAGCAUGUAUAUAUAAAAACAUAUUCCAUGUUUGGAGAAUAGCCUACAGGGCUAGGAUAGAGAAAGUGGGAGAACAAGUCCCAAAAAAGAGGUGUUGAAAUACCAUUAACACUGGAAACAUGGAAUUUCCUAGGAUUUUGGUCACUAUUUCAGCAGCAUGAAACUGUUGAUUCAUCAAUGAGUUUAUGCUGUUUUCCUGUUGUCAAACUAUUGGAAGAGGUUGGAGACUGGGUAUUUUUUGACCCACCAUUAAUAGGUGGAAAGACACACUAUUCUUGGCUCUCUUUCACACACUCCUGGGAGAAUAAACCAGUCAUAUAUGAUGUUGGUUGUUGUGUUGCAGAUGUUAAUUGUCAAAUUGAGGACCAGCUCAUUUUUCCUGUUCUCCAGGUGACCUGGCUCUGAGCAAGGGUGGGUUAGAUUGUGGGUAAAACACUUCCUCAUGAGUCCAAUCUUUCAGUCAGGAAUUUUGUUUUGCACAGUUGUUGAGCUUGAUGGAUUAAGUAGUGUUGAGAAUACAGAACUUAGUAUAGAUUGAGGAAAUUUGACAGCAUUAGAGCCAGUGUUGUAUUUAACAGGGAGGAAGAACCUUUGCUAAAAGCUUUGGAAAAGGACAAGCUUUUGAUUGUUUACCUAGGGUAAAUCAGAAUGUCUCGUAAUGUUUAUCACUGGACUGUUAAUAGCCCUCCUGCCUAUUUAGGGCCUGAGGCUUGGUUUCAGAUAUCUCAGGCGUUCAGUGGCGUGGUUUGGAUCUUGUAUUGCACUGUAAAUCUCCAGACUCAGGUAUUAAACUCUGUAAUGACAA